CCAGGAUGGAGCAGCAGGGCCCCAAGUUCUCGGACAGCGGCGGCACCCCGGGCGCCGCAGCGACCAACGGCGGGGAGCUCGUGCUCAGCGCCAACGCCAUCUUGGAGAGCCUGGCGCGGCUUAGAGACCAGCAGGACAUGAAGAGCGGUGCCGCGGCCGACGGCGCAGUGCAGGACGUGAAGAACGACGACAAGCAGGAGGCCGAGUCGUGGCGAUUCCGUCGGCGGAAAGGCAGCCCGUCGACGGGGGAGUCCUCGCGGUCCUACCACCGCGACUGCCAGGAGGCGCUGCAGUCUCUGCUGUGGGAGCCCUACGACUGCAGAGACCCCAAGGACACCCCCAUGUACCAGUACGCGGACGACGCCGACGUCAGCCUGUGGCUGUACCCGCGGCCGGGGCUCGGCGGGCUGGCCCGCGGCGCGCGGGGACGGAGUGCGACCCGCGGGGGCGAGGGCUGCCGCUGCCCCUGCAGGUGCGCGCUGCACCACAGCCCCCGCGACACCAGCAGCUCGGACUACUCUUCCUCGAGCGAGACCACGCCCACGCCGCCACUGAGGGAGACGUCGGCGUCCUCGCUGCGCGGCCUGCUGACGGCCUCCACGUCGGGGGCCAGCAUCGCGGACACGGCCUGGACCACACCCCGUGGCUGCGCAGGGCGCCGGCGGAGACAACGCCACCACGCACCCCGCGACCUCGAGGGGGAGCCCGGGCAGGGCGGCGAGCGCGAAGCCCGCGAAGCCCGCGUGGUCAGUGACCUCAAAACGCCGUGGAUUGGAACAGCAUCAGACUCGAGCCUGAGCCAGCCGCACUGUCUGCUAAGCUUGCGCGUCCCGCCGCCCGCCGCGCCAGCCUCGCUCUCCCCGCCAGCCGCGGCGGCUGCAGCCCCUGCCCCCGCCUGCCCCUGCCCCGCGUGCCCCCCGUGCCCCGCCUGCCCCGCACCCGACUCAGGCCGCGCUCGCGCUCGCGCUCGCCAGUCGGAGACCGGACGCGCUGGCAGGCGGACCCCAACGCCUGCGUCGCCCGAAUCGGCCCCGGCCGCGCCGUCGUCGUGCUAUGGGCCUAGGCCCGGGCCCACCAUGCUCGUCAAUGUGCUCAACGUGCCCAGCAUCGAGUCCGCGUGUGUAGUGCCCGCGGCAGCAACGCCGGCAACGCCGUCGGCAGUGCCAGUGCCGAGCAGCGUGAGCAGCGUGACCGUGACCGGCAGUGCAGUGAAUAGUGCAGUGUGUCCCAGUGUCAGUGUGCCCGCGCCCUCGGUGGCCACGGUGGCCACGGUGCCCACCAUCCCGUGCCUCAACAAUGUCUCCAACGUGCAAAUCCCCCACGGAGUGCCCACCGGGGUGUCCACCGGAGUGCCCACCCCUUCCCCCACGCCCCGCCCCCGGCCCAGGGCUGCUGCCGCCGUGACGGCCGCGCCCGGGGGCUCGGCGACCGUGCCGCCCCCGCCGCAGUCGUCCAGCCUGUCGAGGACCUUCGCGUCCACCGAGGCGCAGACGGAUGACCUGGAGGCCGAGGGGCGGCGCGAGCGGCGGCGCGAGCGCAGGGAGAGGCGCCACCUGCGGCGCCUGCAGCCGCGCCACCCUCACCCCCACCCCCACCCCCAAGCGGGCCUCGCGGGGCUGUCGGGGGCGGCCUUGGGGGCGGCGCAGACCACCGUGCCAGGAUUACCGCCGAUGCCAGGGGAGCCGGCCGCCGCGGGGCUGCCGGAUUUGCUGCAUUCGCAUCUGCCGCCGCCCUACACCACCCUGCCCCUCGGCCUGCCCCCGCACAUGCUGGCCGCCCCCCCACCCCUAGUCGCCGUCCCGCCCCCGCAGCUCUCGCCGCCCCCGCAGACGGCCCCCGGACACCACCGCUUCGCCGCCCCCGGACUACGCCUGCCCUUCGCCUUCGUGCCAGCCACCAGAAGGAGAGCUGGCCGGGGCGCCACCUACUCGGCGGACGAGGAGCCCAAGUCGUGCUGCGGGGUGUUGGUGGGGCAGCCCGUGUCCAUCCGGUGGUUCAUCCUCCUCAUCCUCCUGGUGGGGCUGUGCUGCGCCGUGGUCGGCACCGUGCUGGGCGCCAUGAAGGCCUCCGGCAGGGAGCACCUCACCGUCUCGCUGCUCAUGAUAGGCGUCGGCAUCGUGCUGGUCACCGUGUCGGGCGUGGCGUGGCGGCUCACCUCGCACGACGCGCCCUCGUGCCGGGUCAUGCUGGGCAUGGCGAGUGGCGACGAGGCGGCGUCCGAGCCCAACCGCCGGUUCGUCCCGAGGCUGCCACCAUCCUACGGCCGUCCGCACCACCCCUAUGCAGCCAUGAUGUACCCGGAGUUCCAGUACCGGCCGCCGCCGCCGUCCUACCAGGCGUCCAUGCAGGAGUACCGACUGCGGCUGCUGCUGCUCGACAGGCACCCGGGCGCCGGCGUCGCCGGGGUCGCGGCCCCCGCGCAGUCCUCGGCCGUGUCGCCGCCGCCCACGUACCGGUCUCACGCCGGCAGCCUCCUCAGGGCGCCGUUGGGAUGCCGACGGGAGGUGGCCGCGUCGGAGUACAGCCGUCCACCGAGCUACCGGUCCAGGACCUCGUCCACGAGGCCUUCCCUGGAGCCGGGCGGGGGCGGCGGCUCUGGUGGCGGCGGUCUGGCGGGCAGCCUGGCGGGUGCGCUGGCGGGCGCGCUGGGGGCCGCGGGGCUGCACUCCAGGACGGGCUCCGUGGGCACGGACCACUCGCUGUCGCUCUCGGACGUCGGCACCAUCGGCACGUGCCCGCCGCAACCAGUGUCGGUCAUCAACGUCGGCGGCGACACAGGCGACAGCGUCAAGCGCGACCCGGACUCCGUGCAGGAGGUCUUCGCCAUGACGGGCGGCGAUCCGGCUGGCUCCACGCUGCAGAUGAUGCUGCGAAAGGGUGACAGCGGAUCCCCUACGAAAGAUGCAAACCUAGUCACCAUUGUACAGACGAGUAGCACGGGCAGCACCCUGCCGCGUGUCCUCCCCCACCCCCAUCGGCCCCAUCGGCCCUCGCAGGACCCGGCCGCCCCCGUCAUCGUGACGGUGUCGGGCUCCACCACCACGUCCAUGCCCGUGCCCAUCUGCCCCGACAACACCGAGAUGGAGAUCCUCGCGCACCUCUGACGCCGGGCCGGCUGCCGGGACCACCGGUUGCCACCUGAGGCGGCAGCCUCCGAAGGUGCGGGAAGGGCCAGGGCCAGGGUUGUCAGGAGCCGGAAGAAACCAACGACUUCUCUCAGAGAGUUGAAAUUUUUGGCAGACUUAGACUUUUCCGCUUGGGAGCGCUGUCUGCCGUGGAUUCAAGUCAUGGAUGGAAGUUGACAGUUUUUGCUUCCUGUUGUGACGGCUCACCAGCUCUUUCUUUCAGUAUUUUUUUAACAGAUGCAAAAGAAAUACUUAACCAGUAUUUUGAAUAAAGCUGCAGCGCAUUAUGUUGCGCGGGUAAAACAAUUAUUUUGGUUUAGUCAUACUAAGCUGGCUUAGUGAUCAAAGUGACCAUAUCAUCAAUGUAUUUUAAGACUCUGUAUCCAUAUUGCUAUUAUUAAGGCUUCCCAAACCUUGUCUUAUGUGGCUAUUAUUUAAUGACAUACUUGGCUGACAGGAGAAAAUGAAUUUUGUUGAAUUUAAGAGAACGCCAUAUUUUAAAUUUAUUGCUCUAGAAAUUCUUACCAUCAGUUCAAUUAAUUGCCUCAUCUGUGAGUUGCUGCUGAGCUUGUACCCUGUUUUCUUUCUAGGAAGCAAAUCUAAAAGUGCAACAUUUGCAAAAGGCAAUUUAAAAGGCAGAAAACUUGGAGUUAAAGCAAUUUAUUGCUCCUCAUUGUGUGCCAUUCCAGUUUCUUGUCAGUUUAAAUUUCUGCUCAUUCUGCAUUUCUGGCUAAACUUGAUGUGAAUGAAUACUGUUUCAUUGCCAUGUUUUACCAUCGGGUGAAAUUAUGCAACUCAUUGAUUCAAAGCAUUUCAUUGUUUCUUACAGCCAUCAUGCAGUCAUUAUUGUACUCGAUUGAGUUUUUGUCUCAAGUUGACUUGAGCAUUGUCUUAUAUUAAGACGGUACCUUGUACACAACAGUGUCAUAGGGAGUUGUUAAUUCGAAAGUAGCAUGUAAUUCAUGUUGUAUGAAGUCAAAUGUCUAUCCCUUUGUAAGUUGAUUAUUUUCCUAAUUCAAAAUCCUUCAUUGUUCUUUUUUUUUGUUUUCCCCCUUUUAAUUUUGAUUGCCUCAUAGAUUUUCUUCUUGACUAUCCUAACUUUACUUGUUCAUUGCCAGAGUUUCUAAGGAUUUCCCAAAUGAUCUACGGUGCCAGUGCUCUAAGGCACACCAUGUUACCUGAAUCAUAGAUAGUUAAUUGUUAAUAUUGUUUUUAUGUAUACAGAGACAAUUCAAUUUGGAAGUUGUUUUUGUUAUUGUUGUUUGUUUUUCCCAGUUUUUGGCUUCUGAAUUAUUUGAUGUUCCUUCAUGAGAAGUGGCUCUGAUUGUCUUAAGUGAUUCCAACCAUUCUUCUGAAUUUGACAUUUAGAUGCCUACCAUUCCAUCAGUCUGUACUGUCCUCGAGAAAGCAUGUCAAUCAAAUAAGAACAUUCGAAUGCUCUGACCACCAAAUCCUGUUGAUCAUCUCAAUGUGUAAAUAUGUACUCUAGUGUGUAUGAGAUUCAAGGUGCCGCCUAAAAUUGGCAGUUCCUGCUCAAAGUGCUGAAUAGCUCUUGUGAAGCCCAUAAGAGUUAAAUGUGUGUUCCUUUAAAAUGAGAAAGAAGAAUUAUAAUAUAAAUGGUGAUAUGUAGAAAGAGAUGUUCUAUUCAUAGAGAAAAUAAAACUUUAUGUUUUUUUAA